CAGCUGAUUGCUGUCACUCGUUUACGGUCGAUUAUGAAACGGAUUGCUGAUAAAAGAGAAAGUAAAUAAGAAAAUUUGCUGUUAUGAAUUAAAUUGUAAACGUGCGUGCACAUCAAAUAGUCAUAUAAUUUAAAUUGAAAUAAAAACGCGUACAAAAGAUGUCAACAAAAGUGGUGGCCACAGCGACAGUGCGCGCACUGAAGGGACGCAAAUUGUUGCCGACACGAGCAGCUCUUACACUGACAAAUUCCGCAGUGAACCGCAUUAAACAAUUGCUGAAAGAUAAACCCGAGUUUACAGGUCUAAAGGUAGGAGUGCGGCAGCGUGGAUGCAAUGGACUUUCCUACACGCUGGACUAUGCAAAAGAAAAAGAUAAAUUCGACGAAGAAGUAGUACAAGAUGGUGUCAAAGUGUAUAUUGAUAAGAAGGCACAAUUGUCUCUACUUGGCACCGAAAUGGAUUUCGUCGAGUCUAAACUAUCCAGCGAAUUCGUUUUUAAUAAUCCCAACAUAAAAGGCACGUGCGGUUGUGGUGAAUCGUUUAGCUUCUAAUUAAAUGCGGAACACUGUUGGACAUUAUAAUAUUUAAGCGCGCAGUUUAGAUUUCUUCUAGGAGCUAGUAGUUAAUAAUAUAUGUACUCGGAAAGAUACGCAGCUCUUCUAAACGCUCUUAAGCAUAAGUCUGCUUUAAACUAGUUUAAAAUUGUCGGUUAAGUACUAGUUUUGUGAUUACUAUUUGUUUUCAAAUGAGUUGAAACAUAUGAAGAUAUUUAAAGAUGUUAGUUCUAUAAAUAAUCGAAAAUAAAUAGCUGUUUUAAAGCUUCAGGCAGAAAAUCAAAGUUGUACACUAUAUAAAAGUAAAGAGAACAUUAAUGCA